UGUGGCUGUCCGAGUAACCGGGACGGACUGAAGAACUUGAGCCAUGGCGGCUGCUGUGAUUCCGCCGCCGCCGCCGCCGCCGCCGCCGCCGCCAGGAGGUCCUCCCGGGGUGCCGGGAGGGGCUUCUGGGCAAGGAGCAGUGGUGGCGGCGGGAGGCGCGAAAAGCGGGGAGGAGAGACUGAAGGAAAUGGAAGCCGAGAUGGCCCUGUUUGAGCAGGAAGUGCUUGGAGCGCCUGUCUCUCUGCCUCCUGUUGCCCCAGUGGUGGAAGCUGUCCCAGUUGCCCUAGCGGUCCCAGCAGUGUCCGCAGUGCCCCCUGUUCCUGUCAUCCGACCCAUUAUUGCUACCAACACUUAUCAGCAGGUCCAGCAGAGUUUGGAAGCCCGAGCAGCAGCAGCUGCCACGGUGGUUGCACCUAUUGUGGCUCCUCCAGUGCCGUUUGUGGGCCCAGCUGUUCCCCCACAGCGUCCUCCAAUUCUCCGGCCGACCUUUGUGCCUCACGUCCUGCAGCGGGCAGGUGGUCCCCGGCCCAUGGCAAUGCGCCCGCCGCAUCACCAGCCCAUGGUAGGGCCCCCAAUGCCAGGCCCUCAAGGGCCCCCGAUACUUAUGGGCCCACCAAUGCAGAGAGCACCUGGCCCGCCCCUUGGGGGCAUAGGGCCAAUGCGACCUGGUCCCCCUGUGGGGCCCGGGAUCCCUGUCGGCCCUUUGGCUCCACUGGUGCCUGUUCCCCGGCCGGUGGUGACCCCCCCAAAAGUCAACCCCACCGUCAUCCAGGCGGCUCCUACAGUAUAUUCUUCCCCACCAGUGAAAAAACAAGAGGAGGAACAUCGAGAGCCUCUGCUGCCCGUGGUGGAGGAAAAAGAGCCGGUAGGGAUCGAGGAGCCAGUAAUAGGCCCCAGCAUGCCAGAAGCAGACCUGCUCCCGGUCGUGGACCCCCGGGGGCUGCCGUCACUGCGUGGGCAUGACCUGGCCCCUGUGCGAGGGAAGCGCCCCCGGGGGGCUGAUGCUGGAUUUGUUCCUGUGGAGCCGGUCAUGGAGAGCACUCCUGAGGACAAGAAGAAGACAAAGCAGGAGAAGUUGAAGCGUUGCAUUCGUACCGCUGCUGGGACCUGCUGGGAGGACCCCAGCCUUCUUGAAUGGGACCCUGAUGAUUUCCGGAUUUUCUGUGGGGACUUGGGCAAUGAGGUGAACGAUGACAUCCUGGCCCGUGCCUUCAGCCGCUAUCCAUCUUUCCUGAAGGCCAAAGUCAUCCGGGACAAGCGCACUGGCAAAACCAAAGGCUAUGGCUUUGUCAGCUUCAAGGACCCAAAUGAUUAUGUCCGCGCCAUGCGAGAGAUGAAUGGAAAGUACGUGGGCAGCCGGCCCAUUAAACUGCGCAAGAGCAUGUGGAAGGACCGCAACAUUGACAUUGUGCGCAAGAAACAGAAAGAGAAGAAAAAGCUGGGCCUCAGGUAACGGGAGGAAGGUCACCGCAGCUGUGUUUCAACCACCAGCCUAAGCCAAGGAUCCAAGCUCUGGGCCUGCCGGGGAAGAUGCAGACUGAGAACUCGGGCAGCGGGAGAGGUGCUUUGGAAUGGCAACAGCCACCCAGCCUGAGGCUCAUGUGCAUGGAGGUGUUGCUUGCUUGCACCCAUUCCCCAGACUAACUCUGGCUUUCCAGGUUUGAUAGUAAGGAACCACAACUUGUAGUUUUCUGGGUGUAUUUUGGAGGGAAAUACAGGCAGAAGUGUGCUGAGUCAAUACAUUUAUGCUUUUGUUU